AUGAACCGACAAGUGUGCAGGACGACCGUCAGCAGCGGCGGGGGCAAGGGCUUCAGCGGCCGCUCGGCCGUGGUCUCGGGCAGCAGCCGCAUGAGCUCCUGCAUGGCUCGGUCCGGCGGGGGCGGUGGGGCCUGUGGAAGCCGGAGUGGAGGGGCCGGGGGCUUCGGGAGCCGGAGCCUCUACAGCCUGGGUGGCAGUAAGAGCAUUUCCAUCAGCGUGGGGGCCCGCGGCGGAGGCUUCGGGGGCGGCCGUGGCGUCUGUGGCGGAGGCUUCGGAGGCGGUGGCUUCGGUGGCGUAGGAGGGGGCUUCGGCGGUGGCUUCGGCGGAGCCGGGGGCUUCGGCGGUGCCGGGGGCUUCGGCGGCGCCGGGGGCUUCGGCGGUGCCGGGGGUUUCGGCGGUGGCGGCUUCGGAGGCCCCGGAGGCUUUGGGGGUCCCGGCGGCUUCGGGGGUCCCGGUGGCUUCGGCCCUGGAGGCUUCCCUGGUGGCAUCCAGGAGGUGACGGUCAACCAGAGCCUCCUGCAGCCGCUCAACGUGGAGAUCGACCCCCAGAUCGGGGCCGUGAAGAGCCAGGAGCGUGAACAGAUCAAGACACUCAACAACAAGUUUGCCACUUUCAUCGACAAGGUGCGUUUCCUGGAGCAGCAGAACAAGGUGCUGGAGACCAAGUGGGAGCUGCUGCAGCAGCAUGGGACUGGCUCCAUCUCGGGUACCAACAACCUAGAACCGUUGUUCGAGACCUACAUCAGCAGCCUGCACAGGCACUUGGAUGGGCUCCUGUCAGAGCGGAGCAGACUGGAUGGAGAGCUGCGGAGCAUGCAGGAGCUGGUGGAGGACUUCAAGAGGAAGUACGAAGAGGAAAUUAACAAGCGCACCACGGCCGAGAAUGAGUUCGUGACACUCAAGAAGGAUGUGGAUGCCGCCUACAUGAACAAGGUGGAACUUCAGAGCCGGGUGACCUCCCUGACAGAUGAAAUCAACUUCCUGCGGGCGUUAUACGAGAUGGAGCUGUCCCAGAUGCAAUCCCACGUCAGCGACACAUCGGUGGUCCUGUCCAUGGACAACAACCGCUUCCUGAACCUGGACAGCAUCAUCGCCGAGGUCAAGGCCCAGUACGAGGAGAUCGCCCAGCGCAGCAAGGCUGAGGCCGAGGCCCUGUACCAGACCAAGCUCGGGGAGCUGCAGAGCACCGCCGGUCGCCACGGAGAUGACCUGAAGAGCACCAAGAGCGAGAUCAUGGAGCUGAACCGCAUGAUCCAGCGGCUGCGGGCCGAGAUCGAGAGCGUCAAGAAGCAGAAUGCCAACCUGCAGACGGCCAUCGCCGACGCUGAGCAGCGGGGCGAGCUGGCACUCAAGGAUGCCCGGGUCAAGCUGGAAGAGCUCCAGGCGGCUCUGCAGCAGGCUAAGGAGGAUCUGGCCCGGCUAAUGAAGGAUUACCAGGAGCUGAUGAACGUCAAACUGGCCCUGGAUGUGGAGAUUGCUACCUACAGGAAGCUGCUGGAGGGAGAGGAGUGCAGGAUGUCUGGAGAGCACCAGAACGCCGUGAGCAUCUCCGUGGUCAGCAGCAACACCAGCACCUCCUCGGCGGUGGGCGGCGGCUUCGGCCGCGGUGGAGGCUUCGGGAGCGGAGGAGGCUUCGGGAGCGGAGGAGGCUUCGGAAGCGGAGGAGGCUUCGGGAGCGGUGGAGGCUUCGGCAGCGGCGGAGGCUUCGGGAGCAGCGGAGGAGGAGGCUUCUCCUCCGGCAGCCGGUGCGGCUUGGGAGGCGGCUUCUCCUCCGGCAGCAGCCGGGGAGGGGUCAGCGGGUCCAGUGUCCGCUUCUCCCAAUCGUCCUCCAGCCAGCGCUGCCCCAGAUAA